AUGCCACAAAAGUCUGGCCUUGGCGAUUUGCGGUCGGAUGGCGGUGGUUACCAUAGCAGCUCGAGCACAAUGAAGGGCUACCUGGUGAGCUGCAGCGUUCCGAAGAGCAAGCAGAAACGCCAACUCCUGUGCCUGGGCUGCGUGGACAAGCUGAUGGGCCAGCUGAGGCUCAGCACCGAUGCAGAGAGCGUGAGUCUGUGUGACCGCGGGCACAACGAGCAAGAUGCGCUGCUGUUCGAGCGCCAGGCCUCGGGGAGCUGGAGGCAAACGCUGGAGCUGACGAACGAGCUGCUGGAGGCUGUUGUGAUCUCAAAUGAGAGCACCGUGAGCAGGAAGAGGCCAAAAAAGGCGGAAGCUGAGAGCGCAUUGAACAGGGGCAUGCAAGCCGGCAGCCGCGCGCGUGAGAUGCUGCCUGAGGCCCACCUCGGCAUUGCGGCCCAAGCUGCCCUCUUUCUGAGCGGCGUCCUGGAGGGCACGUGCCGCCUGGUCAUUCCUGCUGGAAUGGACGCAUGUGAGGCCAACCCACCACGGCUCUACAUGACAUAUUGGGACCACAACCGAGCGAGGCCGAAAGCGCUCGGUAAGCCCAGCAAGGAGAAGGCAAUGCUCGAGGAAUCCUGGUGGGAUGGCUCAGGACACUCAAACUGCUCGUGCGAUCGUGGCAGGCUGGCCAGGGACGCUCCUUGCGUUCACAAGCUGGUGCUUGCGGCCCUGGGCGCUACGGGGUUGCAGCAGGGGGAUCUUCCCACUGCCAGGGAAUUGGGGAGAGGAGCAGGGCUGGUCGAGCAGGUGGGCGUGGACUCCACGGGGCGCUUCUUUGCAGCGAGGAGCAGCCCCAGGGGGGUCAGUCCGGCGCACAAGAUGCUGCAUCGAAGCGUCGAGGGUGUCUGGUACUGUCAAGGCAAGAGAGACGGCUGUCCGUCGCAGCAUGACUGCAGCCACAUUCUCGCUGCCAAGCUGGCCAUCCAGGCGGGGCAUGUCCAUUUUGUACAGGGGCUACUUCUUGGGCAGGAUGCCCUAAGUAGAGCAAGGCAGUGGUUGGAGCAAUGGGACGGAGCGCUGCCGUUGCUCGGCGGGAGCGGGGGAAGCAGCGAGUUGCGUGCGAGCUGCGAAGGGGCCGGCGAGGAGGAGGCGCACCUGAUGGGGCUCAUCUCCGGGCAACGGCAUGAGCCGGCCGGAUGCGCUGGUGCGGACUGCUUCUGCCAGGAGCACCAGCAAUUGUUCGGAGUGGCUGAGCCGUCCACAUCGCAAAACCAGGGGGCGGACGUCAGUGAGCCAUGGAGGGGGUUGCGCAGGAGCAAGCAGUGGUGGAGGAGUCACGCGGGCGGGGCUCCUUCGACCGCGGCACCCCAGAGAGUUCAGGAGCCGCCCGCGGAGGCGUUGGGCAAGGACGCGAUCCGAUGCUGGGUCGCCUCCUGCGGCAGCUGCACGCUGGAGGGUGCCCAACGGGGAUGCCAGCAUGAGGGCAAGGGAAGGGCGCCGGUCAUGGUUCAGGAGACGCAGGCGGUCCAGGUGACCCAGCCGAAGCUGAGCCAGCUGAGCGACGCCCCGGAUUUCCACGACCCGUGGGUGAUGCGGCUGAGGUG